AGAGAACUGGUUUAACUCGGGCACGUUGACCGUAGGGUUGAUUUCUACAUUCCUCUAAACAUGUGUCAUCUUACCUGGUCGCGUUUGAUGAGCGCAGUUACAUACUACAGCAUCUUGGGGACGUUCAUUUGCACGGCGAUUCUGCUCGGUACGACAUUCAUCAUCGUUCUCGACAUUAUCGAUGAGAUUGGCGAAUUUCAAUCAGAUGUUGAAAAGGAUCUCGAUCAGUUCAAGAGCUACGCUGAUGAUGCAUGGACAACGAUGAUGAGCGCUAAGCUAGCGCAACCUCAAAGAUCGGUCUUCUUCGACACUGUCGUUCGUGUCAGGAAACAAGCAGGUUACGUGGUUGCAGGUGGUGGAGAUAGUUUUGGUGGUUGUCAAUGUGCGGCUCAAUCAACAGGUUGCCCACGUGGUCCUCCAGGACCACCCGGACAAGCAGGAGCACCAGGACUUGAUGGUGAACCAGGUAUACCUGGACAUUCCGGAAAUGUCGGACAGGGAGCACCACAUCCAACUGGAGGAGCAUGCAUUCAAUGCCCAGCAGGACCACCCGGACCUCCUGGACCUAGUGGUGCACCCGGUCCUGCAGGACCUCCCGGAAAUUCAGGAAGUGACGGGCAAGGAAGUAGUGCAGGCGCCCCCGGACCUGCUGGAGCUCCUGGCGCACCCGGAGCUAAUGGAAAUCCAGGAAGACCUGGACAAGAUGGAGCUCCCGGAUCACCAGGAACCCGCUCAUUCUCAGCACCUGGCCCAGCUGGACCACCAGGACCACCAGGAGCACCAGGAAAUCCCGGCCAAGACGGAGGACAUGGAGGCGUUGGAGCACCCGGACCAGCAGGACCACCGGGACCAGUCGGACAACCUGGAGCACCGGGAGUACCUGGAGGUGUGGGACAAGCUGGAGCGAAUGGUUCACCAGGACAUGAUGCAGCAUAUUGUCCAUGUCCGCCCAGAACUGCCGGAUUUAGCGGUGUUGGAGCAGGUGCAAGCAGCGGGCUCACCGGUUCUGGAGGAGGUUCUGGAGGAGGCCAAAAUGGAUUUGAGAUUACUACUACACUCCAAGGUGGAGGUGGUGGCAACUUCGCCGGAGGUGCUGGUGGCAGCACUCAUGGUAAUAAUGGACCAUAUAAGAAACGUGUUCUUGUGUACUAA